UGACGUCUGUAAAGCUGAGACUGGCUCUGGGAGAUCUGAGCCCUUCGCACAGGUGAGCGGUGCUGCGACUGUCGUCCUGGGGCCGCUAUGAGCUGCACCAUCGAGAAGAUUCUGACAGACGCUAAGACUCUACUGGAGAGGCUGCGGGAGCACGAUGCGGCCGCCGAGUCGCUAGUGGAUCAAUCAGCGGCGCUGCACCGGCGGGUGGCCGCUAUGCGGGAGGCGGGGACAGCGCUUCCGGACCAGUAUCAAGAGGAUGCAUCCGAUAUAAAGGACAUGUCCAAAUACAAACCUCACAUUCUGCUGUCCCAAGAGAAUACACAGAUUAGAGACUUGCAGCAGGAAAACAGAGAGCUAUGGGUUUCCUUAGAGGAACACCAGGAUGCUUUGGAACUCAUCAUGAGCAAAUACCGGAAACAGAUGUUACAAUUAAUGGUUGCUAAAAAAGCAGUGGAUGCUGAACCAGUUCUGAAAGCUCACCAGUCUCACUCUGCAGAAAUUGAGAGUCAGAUUGACAGAAUCUGUGAAAUGGGAGAAGUGAUGAGGAAAGCAGUUCAAAUGGAUGAUGAUCAAUUUUGUAAGAUUCAGGAAAAACUAGCACAAUUAGAGCUUGAAAAUAAGGAACUUCGAGAAUUAUUGUCUAUCAGUAGUGAGUCCCUUCGGGUGAGGAAGGAAAACUCAAUGGACACUGCUUCCCAAGCCAUCAAAUAAUUCAACUUCUGAAUGACGGCUAGAGAUUAUUUAUCGAGAAAGGAAGUUAUUAUCUCUCUAUGCGAAUAUUGUCCAUUCAGUGUCUUGCCUCAGACUUGAUUUAACGUUGAUUAAAUGUAUCAAAUGGCAGUUUAGAAUUCGCAGUCAAAAGUGGCUGUCCACGAAACAGUUUUGGGGUAUGUUAGUGAAAAUACUCACUAAAAUACAGAGUUUCACCAUUCCUUUCUCUAAGAGACUACUUUUAAUUUUCAUUUCUGGGACCUCAACUUAUAUGAACUGUUUUCAGUUCAUUUUUGUUCUUUCAUAUCUCUGAAACUUAGAGCAUUUUAUUAUAAACCAGCAAUUUUAUUUUAUAUAGGAUUGUAAAUUGCAAUUCUUAAAAAUUUUAAAAAGAGAUUAGCUUUUUCAAUCUAUUUGGCAUAAACCUGGAUUUGUUGCCAUUUGAGAAAAAUAAUACAAUUCCACAGAAAUAGAUUGGCAGAUACUCUAAUUUGUAAUGUCAUUCACCUUUUUUGACGUUUUAAGUCUCUCUGGUGCUAAGAGUUGGCACUUUAUGGCCUGGUGUCUUUACUCUUAAUUUGAGAGAACCUAUUGCUAGUCCCUGGGAAACAUACUUGAAAAUAAGUCAACUGUUUUUUUUCUAGUGGUAGUAUGUAUAAUCAUCAUAUUGUUCAAAGAAUACUGAAAAAUUUGUCCUGUGUAUGUUUACGCACACAUGUGCUCUUAGUUCAGAUGCUAAAAGUAACUUUUAUUUAUUCUAUU